GGCCGUGAAGGCAGCACGGGGAGUUCAGUUCCUUAUAUGUUUACCUGACGCUGUAAAACACCGGAGGUGGUUUCUCUUUGGGUGUGUUCUGGGGAGUGAAGCGGGUUUAAAACAGCAUAUUGCAUCCUCUUAUGCAGCAUUGGUACAAAGAGAAUCGAAAGGGAAAAGGAAAUGAGCUGAAAAGACGAACAAAGUUCAACGCGAAGUAAAGAGAAAGUCACCAGACUUUGGAUUUCCUUGAAGAAAGCUGAAGUUGACGCCCUGACGUUUACCAUGGGCUGCUGUUCCAGCGCAGAGGUGAGUUUGCUACAACAUGGUGGAAGUUUUGUCUUCUUUAAGACCUAAAAUGUUUCUUCACAGAGGAGUUUGAGAGAGUUUGAGUGUGACCACAGCGUCACUUUAUUGGCAGAAGCAGCAGCAGCUCUUUUUACAGCAACAGCAACAACAACACAGAGAGCUUCUUCGUCUGCAGGUCUGAGGAGGAGCAGUAGCAGUGGAGCUAACAGCUCAUACCGAGAGGAAAUAAGGAGGUCUGUGUCAUCUUUUAACUAUCUUUUAUUUAUGCCUUGGAAGGGUAAGCGUGACUGGAAACCACUGGAGGAGCGCAGUUGCACGGACAUCCCAUGGCUCAUCUUAUUCAUUUUGUUUUGCAUUGGGAUGGUAAGAGACAUUUAAAACUUUAAUACAGCUUGUUGUCUUUUUGUUUGGUUUAACAGAGUGAAACUGUCUGAAGAUAAAGCUCUGAACUUUCCAGAAUUACAUUUUCAAAAAGUGAUAAUUUGACAUUUUUUGCUCAAGUUUAUUGUUGUAUGAUGUGAUUUGUGACUAAAGCUAGUUUAGUUAUAGUUUUUAAGAGGUAUAUCCUGUGGGUUAGUUUUCCAACUCAUUUGCAUCAGUUGGAAUAAAACUGCAUUUUAAGAUAUUUGAGAGUGAAUCAACUCAUAAGUAUAAAAGCUGAAAAUCUUUCAUGAGGACUUUAUUCAUCACAUUGUUGUGUAAGAGAGCAAUACUAGUUGUAGGACAUCUGUCUUUAUCAUGUUCUUAAACGCUAGUUUAAUAAGUCAGUGGAUGUACAGUGUAUAGCUGAAGAUCAAAUGGAUCCUUAUUAAAACAAAACUUGUUUAUUUUGUCAUCAUAGCAUUACAUGCUGGUUUGUGAAACUGAAAAUAGUUUUAGUAUUAUUAGGGAACUGUAGGUUGUGGUGCUGCAGAGACAGUGUUAGGAUAAAAGUCGUUUACAACAAUUAUGAUAAUAAAAGAUGCACACUGUGAAUAUAUUGAAAAGAUAAGCAUUAAAAUGUGGCAUUGAGCAUAACUUAGUUCUACAGUCUUCAAGGUUUUGUAGGUCCAAGACUCAAUUAACUGCUCUUUAGGACAGUGUUAUUCAUCAAUACAAAAUUAUGACUUUUAGCAUCAGAUUAUUGCAGGAUAAAUUAGGCAACAUGACUUUGAAGGCAAGUGAAAUUAAUGUACUACCAAUUUGAAAUGUAGUGAAAGAAAGUAUAUGAUAUUGUAUUGGAAAUGAAAAUGAUAUUGAUAUUGAAAAUGCAAGUCAUACAUUAUCUUUCUCAAUUAUGUAAUUUUACACACCUGCUGUAAUCCUGCAGAUAUUUUAGUUUCUCUGCUUUAAUUUGUCUCAUCUUCAGGCCUGCAUAUGUGGCUUUCCCAUCGCCACAGGAGGCGCCUCCAGACUGCUCUCCGGAUAUGACAGUUAUGGCAACACAUGCGGUCGAAAGAAUGCCCCGAUUGAGGGAGUGACCCUCAGCGGCAAGGACAUGACAGAAAACAAGUCAGUCGGAUUCAAUGCAAAUCACCCAACAUGUGACACCUAACAGUGUUUAUCUCAGUCUCAUUCAUCUUCUUUUUACAACAUAUCUUAUCUCUGAAGUAGUCCCUGAGAGGAUUUUGUUUGCUCUGUUAUGUUGAGAAAAUGUUGUUUCUAUACAAGUUGCUGAGACCUCAUGCUCAUGUUUCUUAUGAUGUGUUAUCAUUGAGCAUUGCAUGUGUAAGGAUUACACCAUGUCAUCCUGAUGUCAUUUUCCACAAACAACCAGUUGUUGCCUUCCUAAAAACCUUAGUUUGCCUCUUGUUGUGGAUGACAGUUCAACUGUUAGUCUGUGGCUUACAUGUUUCAACCUGAGCAGUAUGUUUUCCAAAUACCAGACUUUCUUACUUUGAAGUAGAGCUUCUGGAGUAAAGAUAGAGGAUAAAAUGAGAGAUACUUGAAAAAAAGUUUGUGUUUUCUCUGCGAAUUGUAUUUAUUAAGAGAGAAAUCACCAGUUAGCUGUUUGUUUUGUUUGAGCAACAACAUGAAUCCUAUGUGGAUUAACAUCACUAACACAAAGCUAAACUGAAAUGUAUUCAAACAGAAUAAUUUGUAUAAAAGUGAAGCAGAUUUUUUUUCAUACUUUUCUUUUUAUCACCAAGACAGCUUUGUCUUCUGUCUAAAAUUUCUGUUCAAAGUCUUUGAUGAUUAUCCUCGUUUUAGGCUGUAUCUUCCCAUCAGCUUGCAGCUUGUAGGCCUAGUUGUACUGAAACAAUGGGUCAUGCUUUAUUGAUGGGCUGAUUGCCCAUGGAAGCUUGGAAUAAAAGGCGUUUGGCCACAAAGAGGGAUCUGUGCUGCAGAGAGGCAAAUGUCAACAUCUCUUAUUUUCUGUCCAGACUGAAAAGCCCAAACUGGCAGAGUAGCGACCAAAUCUACUGAUGUUUUUUUUUUCAACUGAUAUUUCUCUGAUUAUUUUCUUCAAAAGGAUGGGUAGAGUUGUAAAUUAAUCUUUCAUUCUAUGUCUCCUCUUUGCAGGUAUGUUUUCUUUUUAGACCCUUGCAACUUCGACCUCUUAAAUCGGAAGAUCAAGUCCAUCGCCCUGUGUGUCUCCAAAUGCCCAAAUAGUGAACUGAAGACUUAUGGUGAUAUAAAGCAGUUCGCCCUGAAUAAUGGUGAGAAACAAACUCAGCUGACCAGGUUUCCACAGAAAAACUACUCCAGCACAUUAACUGAAGAGGAUUAUGCAUUUACAUGUAACUGCCUUAUCAUCUUUUUUGUCAUCUACAGGAUCUGAGCUCUGUUCCUAUGACGUUUCUCCGACAAGAUACCCAAGCCAUUCAGAAAGAUUCACCAAAUGCCCCAAACUGCCUGUCCCACCAAGGUAGCCGAGCCUUUUCUUUUGGAUUUGAUUUCAGCCAAUGAAAAACAAAGUCGAAAUCUUUCAUUUUUAUUUCAUAUUUCAGUGAUUUAUUCUGCAGCAAAAUCAGAAAAGUAUUCACUGUAAUCUCAUCUACUUAUAGCUAUUUCAGGACCAAGUGAAUACUAUUGAUAUACAUUGUCAGCUUAAAGAUGUAUUACCCUGUGGUAAACCAGCUUUUCCUUCUUCAUAGCAAACCCGUCCCAGUGUUUCGCCGCUGUAUCCCCGUGGACAUCUCCUGCUAUGCUGAAUUUGCCGAGGCCUUCAUCACAUACAUCGGGGACAACAGUGUGCUGCGCCGCGUCGUUGCAGGAGUGAUGGCCAGCAAAGAGAUCAUCAUGGGCCUUUGUUUGCUGGCUUUAGGUAUAACACACUGAGACAUCAGGCUUUCACUGUGCAUUAACAUGUGUUAAGUAAAUGACUUAUUCCUUUAACCUUAUGAAAAACUGCUGGUUUGUAUGCAUGCUCCUGCUGUACAAAAGUCCACGCUUAUGAGGAUGUAGAGAGAAUACAACAAUCUGAUGGGCAGCUAUUUUUGUCCUCAGAAUAACAGGAAAUGUCUGUGUGGGUUCAGACAUAGUGUCCACUAAAGUUUUACCCACAGGGGAAAAGGCAGAAGUAGUCCCAUCAUGUCAGAUUUAGUCAUCGUGUAUUUAUCUCAACCAUUUGACCCGUCUAGUUUUGGUAAGUUGUUUAUUAAUGCAGCAUGAAUCAUAACACAGUGGAGUUCUCCUACGUGGGACUUCUGGGCUUUUCUCAUGUGGAGUUGAUGACAGUAAAUGAAACAAAACGAAACGAAACAAAUCUUUAUGUCUCCAUAUGAGCUCCAAAGACAAAACAGACAUAAGCUAAAAUAAAAAGUCUAUUAAAGAUACAUGUGCUCUUUUGUUUGAGGUGCAGUCAUCACAUUUCUGCUGCUUCUCCUGUGAUUUAACUGUAAUGUGCUUUUUUUCCCCCCUCAGUUCUGUCCCUGAUCAUGAUGGUGGUCAUCCGGUACAUCUCCAAAGUUCUGGUGUGGAUCCUUACCAUCCUGGUGAUCAUUGGCUCUAUAGGUGUGUUCGAGCACUUUAUACCCUCCAUUUAACAUUUAAUAUUUGUUCAUGUUAUAAUUCUUCAAAACUCUAAAAUCCACAGCACAAUACGAGGUUAUGUUUGGGCUUUGUUCUUCUCUGAUGUUCUGCAGGUGGGACUGCUGUCCUCUGGUGGCUCUAUGUGGAUAGCAGGAACGCCGCGAAAAAUCAAACCUUAUCAGUGUUUGGGAACGAAGUGGCCGCUGACAACGUUAAGGCUCUGCUCGUUUAUUCAAUCGGUGCUACAAUUUUCACUGUAUGUCUGAGUGCGUUUUCUACUUCACUUUCACAGCACCAUGAAACACAUCCCUUGGCAUUCAGACUAGUUUCUCUGUCACCCUCCAGGUCGUCCUCCUGAUAGUGAUGUUCAUCAUGAGGAAGCGUGUGGCUCUCACCAUCUCUCUGUUUCACGUGGCCGGUAAAGUGUUCAUCCACCUCCCCCUGCUGGCCCUGCAGCCUUUCUGGACCUUCCUUUGCCUCAUGCUCUUCUGGGUGUACUGGAUUGCUGUGCUGCUCACCCUCGGGACGGCAGGUGAGGACAAAUGCUAGCAGGGACACAAUACUUAAAUGUAGUCUAUGCGGCACACAGACCUUUUGUUAACAUCACAUUAUUCCCAAACAAGUCGUAUAUUAAGUAAGUUACUUUUUGACAUUUUGUUUCUGUUUUGUGGCAUGACUUUCCUCCCACAUUUGGAAUCUGCUCCGGUCUCGUGAUGUGGGACGACUGUGUCAAAGAACAACUUCUCUCUUCAUCUCCCACUUCCCUUUCUGCAGCUGAGACUUAAUUUGUGCCAAAAGCAUGCCCAAAUAUAGUCAAAACAUCUCAAUUUACUCAUUCAGAACUCCUCAGCAGGGUUGUUUUUUUUGGUUCUCAUCAAAAUUGUAGGUAAUCAAAAUAACAAAACAUGAAUAUAAUAACACUGCAGAUGCAAUAAAAUUUAAUUUUAGGUAAGGUAAGGUAGACUUUAUUGAUCCUGCAUGGGGGAAACUAUUUCACCACCAGGACAAGAAGACUCAUACAGACAACAAACAGCAUGGAGGCAUCAGGAAAACACAGACUAACACCAGAAACACAAUAAACACAGUGAUGGCCAAUGAAACAUGAUUUAAAAGUGGUACAAUAAAAGAUAAGGACAUGAUGAUAUAGAACAAAAGCCUGAUACAAAUGAAGAAAUACUAAUAUGAAUACCUCUACAAACUAUGCAGCAGUGCCAAGUCAGACCCUAAUCUCACUGCUGCUGGAACAAAAGUGGAACAAACACAUUUUAGGUGUCCAGGGUGAAUUCUUAGUCCUCUGUUUUCUAUUCGUUCAAUAAAAUAUUAAUCAAUUCCUGAAGAAAAGGUGCUACAUAUUUCAAGUAGUGAAUUUACAGAAUCUAAUGGUGAACUUGCAGGUGGAGUAAUUUUCAGGUCGUAACAACAAGGAGAAAUCAGCAAAGAAGAUUUAAGCGCAGUCUCUCCAGUUUUCCUACAGCAUCAUAUAAAACGACGGGGAAAUGUGACACUGCCGACUCCUUCUCAUGUUUCCUGACAGGGACACCAAUUAAGAACAACUCAACAGGUGUGGUUGAAUACCAACUGCAAGGACCCUUCCAGUACUUGGUGUGGUAUCAUGCUGUCGGUCUCAUCUGGAUCAGCGAAUUCAUUCUCGCCUUCCAGCAGAUGACCAUCUCAGGAGCUGUGGUCACCUACUACUUCACGAGGUGUGUGAGAAACUACAGAAGUGCAUUCGUUUGUCUUAUCGCACAGAAAGUUGAGGGUUGUCGUGUUAAUGUGCGACUUUCCGGUAGAUGUCAUUUUGAUUCAUUCUUCCUUCUCAACUCCAGGGAUAAGUCCCAGAUGCCAGCGCUUCCUAUUCUGUCCUCCAUGGGACGCACCAUCCGCUACCAUCUUGGGACAGUGGCUAAAGGCUCCUUCAUCAUCACGCUUGUUAAGAUUCCUCGCCUCAUCUUGACGUACAUCCACAGCCAGCUCAAAGGAAAAGUAAGCUUUAAAAUUAUGCGAGGUUUAUUGUCUGAUAUCUGCCCCUCUGUUGAUCCUGUAAGGGGCAGUUUUCAGAACAUGUUCUUCUCAGUUUGUUAACCCGUGUCUUUUCUUGGUUCCUCACAGGAGAACGCCUGUGCUCGCUGCAUGCUGAAAGCCUGUGUCUGCUGUUUGUGGUGUCUGGAAAAAUGUCUUGCAUACCUAAACCAAGUAAGUCAUUUCAACUUUGUAAAGGAGACAUAUUGUGUUCAGUGCAUAGAGUAAAAGUCCCCAAGUAUUCACCGAAUUCGUGCUGCUUUAUUUCAGAAUGCAUACACGGCUACAGCCAUCAACAGCACGAGUUUCUGCACCUCCGCCCGUGAAGCUUUCCUCCUCCUUGUAGAGAACGCUCUCCGUGUAGCCGCCAUCAACACUGUGGGAGACUUCGUCCUCUUCUUAGGAAAGGUACUCGGCAGUGUCAUACUCUGCUUUAUCAGCCACUGUUGUUCACUUUUAUAGACAUUCCCUCUUAAACUCUCAAACUGCGCCUCAAGUUGUCUAACUAGUCUCCUAUCUCCACUCUCAGAUCCUCAUCGUCUCCUGCACGGCUUUCGCCGGCGUCCUGGCUCUGAACUACCAGAAAGAGUACACCGUGUGGGUCCUUCCUCUCCUCAUCGUCUGUUUGUUUGCCUACCUGGUGGCUCACUGCUUCCUCUCCGUCUUUGAGAAUGUGGUUGAUGUCCUCUUCCUCUGCUUUGCUGUGGACUCCAAGUACAAUGACGGCAGUCCUGGACGCGAGUACUACAUGGACAAAGCUUUAAUGGUGAGAGAGAGAGAGCUUUAAAAUGCAAACACCUUAUAGUGUUACAAGUACAUUUAAAAACAGAAAGGUACAUGUUAGAGACAACAAAUAAAUAACCCAUUCAUUUAGAUCAGUGGUUCUAAAGUCCAGUCCUCGAGGCCCCCUGUCCUGCAUGUUUUGGAUGUUUCCCUGCUCCAACACACCUGAUUCAAAUGAUCAGCUCGUUAUCAAGCUCUGUAAUGGCUUCAUAACGAGCUGAUCAUUUGAAUCAGGUGUGUUGGAGCAGGGAAACAUCCAAAACAUGCAGGACAGGGGGCCUCGAGGACUAGACUUUAGAACCACUGAUCUAGAUGCCUCAGCCCUCUGCACCCCCAUGUGGCUGCUUCAAGUAACGACACACAAGGACUGGGCAAAAACCAAAUGAAUUGAAUAAACAAGGAAAAGUCAUUUGUGUCUUUUACAGACCAUCAAACCAGUAACUAAAGGAAAAAGUUUAAAUCAUUCAGUGAAAGACUGAUAGAAAAUACAAAUAAUUUACAGACAUUAAAAUGAGUUUUACUUCCUCAGGAAGUGAAUUCUUUUUUUGGCUGCAUGUUAAUUUUUAUGAGGCUAAACUGUCCAUAUUAUAUACAAAAAAGAUGAAUAACUCAUCUGUGACUCUGUCUGUUUAUUUCAGGAGUAUGUGGAGAACAGUAAAAAAAUGGCUAAAUACAAACCAGAUGAUGGAGAUGGACGGGAGAUGAAGUCCAUGGUGAGUUGUAAGACAUUUGUAGUUUAUCUCACUUCAUGUAAAUGCACAAAGUAUGUUUAUGAAUGGGAAAAUUCACUGUUAGUAUCUUUUCUGGUACUGUGUGAUCCUGUGUUUUGAGUUGUAGUUGACAGUUUUGUUUGUUUUUUGUUUGUUUUUUUGCAGACCCGUGGAGGGACUUUAGCUUGACCAAAACACUACAAAACUCCUUAAAAAUACCAAAGCUCAUCAUGCCACUUCAGGGACAAUGGUAAAAAGCAGCAGAGAUUAUACUGAUGUUGUAAAUAGUUUCAGGAUAAAAUGAUUAGACUAAAAUUUUUAUAUUUGGAGGGACUGCAAGUUGACGUUUUGACACUAAUAACUAAUUUAACGUGAGCUCAUUUUGGUUUUGAAUAAGAUAAACUUGCUUGUUGUUUUUUUUUUUUCGGAAAACUGCAGUUUUCUCUUUUAAUACUUCUUUAAUGACACGAACGGUUGAACAUAUUCUGAUGUAUUUUUCGAUAACUAGUUAGUUAGCUGUAAUUUUGUGUGUAUUUUGUACUGAGAAGCUAACUGUGUUUUGUAAAAGGCUGGUCAUGUUGUUUCACUUCUCAAAAGUUUUUACUAAAAACAUGAAACAGA